UGGUGUUGAGCAAAAGUAUUGCUGGACAAUUAAGAUUCAAGGUUCUCAUUUCACACAUUUUUCUCCAGGACCCAACUGGGUGCUGGCCAGAUCUGGACUGAACCAGAUGGUAACAAUUGGCAGGCUUUCUGGCCUCUAGGAACUUGAAACAGCAAGUGGCAUAGAACCACAGUGGUUAGGAACAGUUACAGAAACCCCCUCCCCAGUCAUUUUAUGGUAGCCUUACAGUUGGCUUACACAUUAAAAUGAUCUGCAGUAACACAGUUUCUAACAUGAUCAUUCUUGCUGUGCACCUCUGAAUUUUUCAGGAGUAGAGUUAAAUCUUGGAACUCCAUACAACAGUGAGAAGCAGAUGUUUUUUUCUUUUGAAAUAGGAUCUCACUUUGUUGCCCAGAGCAGCCUGGAACUCGCAUACCUCUGGAGUACCUGAGACUACAGGUGUUUAUUAAGAUAGUAACUACAUAAGCAAGUUGAAUUUUCCAAUCUGCCACAGCUGCUUCAUCUCGCCUGUGUGGCUGGGUCAGUGUGAUUCCUUGUUGCUGGGUCUCCCCUGCCUGUGUCUGCAGGUGACUCCAGACCAAGGAGGAUGAGCCGUGGCCGCUGGAGGGCUACAGAUGGAGGGAAGCUGCACCUGCGGAGCUCCCUCUGGACCUGCUGAGGAUCCAGAGAGGGGUGCUGAUCGAGUCAGUAGUUUGCCUGCGUCCCCUUCCAGAGAUGUGCAUAAGAUUAUUGAGGGAAUCAUCUUCUCUCCCUCAACAAACUUAGACCUGAGUCAAAGUGGUCUGCGCCAUGUGGGAGAGGUCUUCAGAAUCCCCAACCUUCAACAAUUGCAUCUUCAGCGGAAUGCCCUCUGCAUGAUUCCCAGAGAUUUCUUUCAGCUGCUGCCAAACCUGACUUGGCUCGACCUCCGGUACAACAGAAUCAAGGCGCUUCCCUCUGGGAUUGGCUCUCACAAGCAUUUGAAAACUUUGCUUUUAGAAAGGAAUCCUAUCAAAAUAUUACCUGUGGAGCUGGGGAAUGUGGCCACGCUGAAGGCUCUGAACUUGAGACACUGCCCCCUGGAAUUCCCUCCUCAGCUCAUCGUGCAGAAGGGAGUGGUGGCCAUCCUGGCCUUCCUGCGGAUCUGUGCGGUGGAGCAUUCCUUCCCCAGAGAGUCAGCUGCUGCAGAGGUCCCACCAGUUAAGAAGCUGGACCCGAGUGAGCUUCCAGACCCCCUGCUGGAUUUGUCCCAGGUCUGCAUGCCUAAUGAGAAAACCAGGAGCCCUUGGGACCUGAAGGCCAUGCUGGUGAAAGAGGAGGUGGACUUUUUGCCGCCUGUGGAAGGGCCCCCCCUGAGCGAGCUCCGGAGGCCCCCUGACGCCGUGGAGCACUGGGCGAGCGAGGAGGAGAUCCGGCGCUUCUGGAAGCUGAGGCAGGAGAUCGUGGAGAACGAGAAGGCUGAGGUCCUGCAGCACCAGCUUCUUCCCAUGGAGCUGCCCCCAAACCUCAGAGCGGCAUUAAGCAGCAAGGGGAAAGAGCACCCGAAGCCACGGAACCUGCUCAGAAGGAAGACUGCCUCCUUCAGGAGCAUCUUACCUGACCUCUCAUCUCCGUACCAGUCGUCACCGUACCAGAUUCUGACUCGAACAAAGAAGCUUGAAGAGAGUCGGGUCUUGGCCUUCAGAGAGCUCCGGGAGAAGCAGGCUCUGAUGGAGCAGCGGAGAAGAGACAAGAGAGCCCUGCAGGAGUGGAGAGAGCAGGCCCAGACGACGCGGAAGAAGCAGGAGGUGCUCAGCCAGCUGCUGCCCCUGCAGAGGAGCAUGCGGCAGCGCUGGCCUGGAGGAGCCCGCGAGGCAGCAGGAGCCGCAGGUGGGCACACGUCGCAGCUCCAGAGGUGCAGCCCCUCUGCUGGAGUCCAGGACUACCGCCCAGGACCGCAGCUCCAGAGGCUCAGCCCCUCUGCUGGAGUCCAGGACCACUGCCCAGGACCUGGAGGCCGCCAAGAGGCUGCAGGACGAAGUGAUGAAGCUGAACCUGGACUCCAGCUUGAGCAGAGCAGCCGAGGGCGGCCUUUGCGGAGGCCUGGCUCCCCCGCCAGCAUCACAACCUCCAAAUAUGCUGUUUAACAGGAGACACUGAGCAGAAGACGGGACAGCACCGCGACGUGGGGAGGGCCACCUGGCAGUGGGCUGAGGCCAGCGGCUGGGCGUCGCCCGUGCCAGGGGUUUCACAGGCGGCUGUUGAUUUUAAAUAGACCUGGGUUUCUUUUCUGAGGCUGUAGAAGGUUUAACUGCAUUAAAAGGAGAUCCUGUGGACA